AUUCAUAUCAUGGACAAGGAUCAGAUGCCUAAAGUGAACUGGACGACAGACAACGAUAAAAUAAACCCCAAUAAUAUUUUACUAAUGCAAGAAAUAGAGAAAAAGAACGCUGAGAGAGUUAAGCAAUUGAUCAAACUAAGACGAUCGAAUAACACACUUGGUGGUUUAUUAGGAAUUGCUGUUUUAUCAAUUUAUAUUUAUACUAUAUAUACGGUGAAGCAAGAAAAGUUCUUAGAUGAUUUUAAGGAACCUGAGAAAGAAAUCAUACCUCCUAAAACCACCUCAUAAAUUAUUCUUAAAUAAAGUCUUUUGAUUCGAUAAGUAUAUAUAUAUAUAUAUACAUGUAUAUCUAUACGCAUACAGCUAUUUUGAUUUGAUAAAAUAAUUGUUACUAUUUGAAUAUAUA